AUGGCAUCUCAGCAACCCAUCCCGCAGUCCCUCGCCGCCAGCAUCGCCGCGACCAAAGUCAGCUACGCACAACUCGGCUCCUCCUGCGGCCUGCGCGUCUCCGUGCCUAUCCUCGGCGGCAUGUCCUUCGGCCACAAAGCGUGGAUGCCAUGGGUGCUCGACUCGGAAGAAGAAGUCUUCGCGCUCCUCAGCGCCGCCUACGCCUGCGGCCUCAACACGUGGGACACGGCCAAAACAUCUACAGCAACGGACGGCGCCAGCGAGGCGCUGAUCGGGCGCGCGCUGCAGCCAGCACCUGCGCAUCCCGCGCCGCAAGGUCGUCAUCCUGACCAAAAGGUCUUCGCCACCGUCGCCGAGACGCCGGACGUCGGGCCCGGGGCCACGGGCGCGCGGGGCGAUGGCGGCGCGGGGGUCGAAGGAAUCCAUCGCUUUGAUCAUGAUGUCCCGAUCGAGGAGACGAUGGAGGCGCUGCAUGAUCUGGUCAAGGCCGGGAAGGUGAGGUAUAUUGGCGCGAGCUCGAUGUGGACGUUUCAGUUUGCUAUGAUGCAGUUCUGUGCGGAGAGGCAUGGGUGGACUAAGUUUGUCAGCAUGCAGAAUCAGUAUAGUCUUUGUUACAGAGAAGAGGAGCGCGAGAUGAUCAAGUACUGCAAGCAGACCGGUGUCGGCAUCAUCCCUUGGGCUCCACUGUACCGUGGAAACCUGGCGCGCCCGGUCGGAGCGGAGGAAACGGAGCGCCUUAAAGUUUCCGGCCAGCAUCCAAUUCACAAGGACAUGGUAGGAGCGGAUGCUGAUAUCAUCAACCGUGUUCAGGAGGUAGCCGAGAGGAAUGGGUGGAAGAUGUCGCAGGUCGCACUGGCUUGGGUUAUCCAAAAGGGAGCGAUCCCUAUCGUGGGCUGCAAUAAAGUUGAACGCAUACACGAAGCGGUAGAUGUGAGAAGAAAGGUUCUUGCUCAGGAAGACGUCGAGUAUCUGGAGGAGCUCUACCAGCCCAAGCAGGUUUCUGGACACGUGUAG